AUAAAUCCAUCACGAUCUUGAACUUGUAUCAGAGAUCGAUCAUUCAAACCCCAGCUAAAGAAUGAAAACAAUAAUUCUUCUUCAUCUUCUUCUGCUCAGUCUGUUCGAUGGAGCAAUUCUGGUUCCUGGCCAGUCAGGUGAUAUUGAUACAAUGGCUCCGAGCAGUUCGAUCGUGUACGGCGAAACUUUAUCCUCUGCCGGAGGAAUCUUUGAAUUGGGGUUCUUCAGUCCCGGCGACGACGGCAGCAAGCACUACUUGGGCAUCUGGUUCAAGAACAUCUCGGCGAUGACUGCGGUGUGGGUGGCCAACAGGGACAGCCCCUUGCAGAGCGCCCGGGGCUCGCUCAACCUCACCGCUGACGGGAAUCUUGUCCUCUUCAACGGCACCGGCUUCGUCGUCUGGUCGGCCGGCACGUCGGGCACCGUAAACGCUGCUCUGCAGCUCCUGGACACCGGCAACCUUGUGCUCAGAGGAGGCGCUGCCGCCGUCUGGCAAAGCAUCGACCACCCGACCGAUACUUCCCUCGCCGGAAUGAAGAUCGGAUUGGACCGCCGGAGGAACGUCGACAGGUAUCUGACCUCGUGGAAGACGGCUUCCGAUCCGUCGCCGGGGGAGUUCUCUUACAGGAUGGAGAGCAAGGGAGUUCCGCAGCUGUUCUUGCGGAGAGGAGCCGGAGACGUCGUCUACCGCAGCGGGCCGUGGAACGGAAAAGGCUUCAGCGGUCGGCCAAGGACGGCGACUGAACCUCUGUUCCAGUUCGCUUACGCCGACGAUCGGGAGGGGUUGUACUACACGUUUCAGAAUUCGGACCCUGCGAUUCUCAUGAGGGUGUAUCUGAACGAGGCCGGAGAUUUCCAGCGGUGGACGUGGACGAAAGGGAGCGACCGGUGGAACCUGUUCUGGAAGGUGCCGGAGGACCAGUGCGACAACUACGGGAUCUGCGGCCGCAACGGCGUCUGCACCACCGCCUACUCGCCCCCGUGCCAGUGCCUGCCGGGCUUCAUACCCGCGUACCCCGAGGCCUGGAGCCUUAGGAACAACACCGACGGCUGCGCGAGGAGGACCGGCCUGAAUUGCUCCACCGACGGCUUCCUUCCCGUGCAGAACGUCAAGCUCCCCGACACCGUCAACGCCACCGCCGCCAACAAGACCCCCGGCGAGUGCAUGAGCUGGUGCCUGAGCAACUGCUCCUGCACGGCUUACGCUUUGAUCAGAGACACCGAGUGCAUAGUUUGGUCCGGCGAUCUCCUCGACGUCAGAGACUUCGCUGACGGAGGUGAUGAAGUCUACAUUCGGCUCGCGGCUUCCGAAUUGGGUAACGUCUUCUUCCUCAUCAGAAUCCAGCUCUUGUUCAAGAAUCUUAAUCCGACCAAUUCCUUUCUUGUAGAAUCUCUAAGAGGCGGCGGCGGCGGCGCAAGGAAGAAGAAAGCCCCCAAGGCUGUGAUCAUCUCUGUGGCGAUCUUCGUUCCCUCAUCGGCUUGCUUGCUUUUAGCUCUGUGGCUGAGAUGCAGAAGAAGAACACAAGGUAAGAUCGACUUCGACUUCGACCUUGCUUAUCAUGCACAAUCUUGGGACAGCUGGGGAAUAAAAUUCCCCUAUCCCCGAAACGAAGAACAAAUGCUAGAGCUGAAACUGUAUGAAAUGUCCACAAUACGAGCAGCCACAAGUGAUUUCUCCAUGGAAAACCUUCUCGGUGAAGGUGGAUUUGGCCCUGUGUACAAGGGUCUAAUGGAAGAUGGACUGGAAGUUGCCGUCAAGAGAUUGUCAAAAAGCUCGACCCAAGGCAUAGAGGAGUUCAGAAAUGAGCCUCAUCUGGUAGUGCAACUUCAACACAACAAUCUAGUUCGUUUGCUUGGAUGCUGCAUUGAGGAAGGAGAAAGGAUUUUAGUCUAUGAAUACAUGCCUAACAAGAGUUUGGAUACUUUUAUUUUCGAUAGAGUCAAGAGCGAAUUGUUGGAUUGGCAAACGCGCUUGAAAAUUAUAGAGGGAGUUGCUCGGGGACUUCUUUACCUUCACCGCGACUCGAGAGUGAAAAUAAUACACAGAGAUUUGAAGGUAAGUAACAUCCUACUCGACAUCGAUAUGACACCGAAGAUAUCAGAUUUUGGGAUGGCAAAAAUUUUCAAAGCGGAUCAAACUGAAGAAAGAACUGAAAGACUAGCCGGGACAUAUGGAUAUAUGUCGCCCGAGUAUAUAAUUGAAGGUUUAUUUUCAGAGAAGUCUGAUGUCUUCAGCUUUGGUGUCAUACUUUUGGAAAUUCUAAGUGGAAAGAAGAGUAGAACAUUAGGCAAAUUGCAACCUCAUAAAAACUUCCUUAUACUUAAUGCAUGGAGCCUUUGGAAGGAAGAAAGAUGCCUAGAACUAGUUGAUGAAGCAAUGGGAGAUUCGUACCCAAGAUCGAUAGUUAAGAGAUUCAUCCAAGUAGGGCUUUUGUGUGUGCAAGAACGAAGUGAUGACAGACCGACAAUGGAGAAUGUGGUUGUAGCGUUAAGUAGUGAAGACGUUACACUAUCCAAUCCUAGUGAUGUUGUUGUCCACGCAACAAGCACAAUGAGUGCAAAUGAAAAAGAUUGGAGUUCUAGCAACGAGCUAACAAUAACACAAUUAGAGGGUCGUUGAGAUGCCCUUUAGAUAAAUAUUCUUAGGGUAACAAGUAGAGAGAGUUAGAUUUUCUCCAUUAAGUUUAAAUGUU